GCGAUUAUUUAUACGGACUUCAAAGAUUCGCAUGCGCCGAUUAGUGUAAUGACCUCAGGAAACGAACCAUCUGCAUCCCAGACCAAUUGUGUCGACAAUUUAAUUGGUGCCCACGAUACUUCCGCUCUUGCCACCGAAUUUGAUGACGAUGGGGCCUUGGAAAUUUGUCAUUUAGAAGAUUAUUCGCUCGUUCACCCACCCACCUCAGAUUCCAGCGGUGUUUCGGGUAAUCGCUUCACGACGGUGACACAUGGUAACGAGUUGGCGGGUGGCGAUUCAGAGCGGGGGGGAAAACGUAUUCGGAUGCGAAGUCAAUUGGCAACCGUAAGGAGUGUGAUCAUUAGCGUCGAACGGUUAAUGGAUUGUGAUUUUCAGAGAGACGUGGACGAAUUAAGAUCAACGACAUGUGUAUUCUUACGAUUUCGUGAAAGAAAAGCUCGAUUGUGUGGGAAUAGAACUUGCAAACAUGUACCCAAUGGCAAUGAGGUCACCGACUAUGCAAUCAGAUGGGACAAGAAAAGUAAUCUUGGUACCGUCAGAUUUGGUUUAAGCCACCAUUUGAAUGAAUUGCGAGGGUCAUCACCGACGAAUCCACCAGUAAUAAUGCUAAUUAAAA